AUUUUGAAGGCCAUCAUGCUGUUUCCCACCAUUGAGCACAUGGCUCAGACUCCUCAGGGGAAGGUCAUGACCCCUUUGCUGUGUCACAUGCGUUAUGUGGCCUACCUGCCUCUCUUCCUGCUCUCUCUGCUGCCCGAGGGACUCAAAGCCAGCCUGAUCAAACUGGUGUUCGGUGGCAUUCACUCUCUGGACCACACUGUGCUCCAGCCUACUGUAGGUCUGCUCAAUGGAGACUGCGCAGCCAAUGCAAUGUACAUGGGGGGUCAGGAAAUGAGGAAAGUUCUGGAAAGAGACAAUGUAACCAUUAACAAGAAUCUUGAAAAGCUUAUAUUUUACUAUGGAGCUACAGACCACUGGUGCCCUGUUCAGUAUUAUCAAGACAUCAAACGGGACUUCCCACAUGGAGAUGUAAGACUGUGUGAGAACGGAUUCCGCCACGCCUUCGUCCUGGAUGCAGGAAGAGAUGUUGCCAAAAUGGUGGUGGAAUGGAUCAAUGGAGAUCUGAGGACAUGAGUUCUUCUCUUCCUGUCUACUCUUACAUCUACUGUCUGACAUGAACACUGAUGAUGAACAAGGCAGCCGGGGUUUUUUAAUUAGCAGAAGUCAAUUAAGAGUGAAUAUAAUGCCGUACUUUGGUUCAUAAUAAGCACAAUAAAAACCUAAAUGUUACAUGACAACUUAUAUAAAGUGGUUUUACCCAUGUAUAAGAAAUUAUACAAAAUUGAGUCAGGCUAAAACAGAUAUUUUAUGAUUCUUAACAGUGUAUGUAUUAUAUUGUAUAGAUUCAGCCAUUCGUCUCCAAAGAUGAAAUAGCAUAUCUAAUGCUAUUACCUGGCAGGUGUGAUUAUUUAACUUCUUUUAUGUUGCCAUUUUGCACUUAUGCCAAUUUUACUUUACAUUCUUUUUCACAUAUACAGCAGUAAAUCAUGCAUUCCCGUGUAUGGUUUGAACAGCAUAGGCAGUGUAGCAAUUCAUCUUACCUGCUUUUUAUUUUUCAUCUAUUGUCAGAGCUGCCUGUGAGUGUAAUGGAGUCGGAUAGAGAGUUUAAACCUGGUGGAAACUGUCGGCAUCCAAGCAAGCAGAGCAAGUGAUGCUUAUGUAUGGUUCACAAAGCAAGACUCAAGAAAUGAUUAAGCUAAUAUCAUUCCAAACUGGUUACUAGUGGACAUGAUAAUGAUCCUAUAAUAAUGACCUUUAAUGAUUCACUGUACUAACUUUGUAAACACUUUGUUACUCCUUUGCAGAUAUUGUUACAACUAGUCUGCUGAACGAGUUAUGACGAGGUUUAAUAAAUGAAAGACUUGAUUGUGA